GACUAAUAUUUACAAGAACCUACAUUUGUAUUUAGUUACUUUCAAAUCGUCAGUUUCUCAUAAUUUGUUGACGGUUCACAGUCUACUGUAAAGAUGAGGUUGUCCUGUCUACUGAUGGUCCUGAUAGUACAGGAGAUAUCUGCUGCUCAAUCGCACAAGGUACUCAAGUUUGGGAAUACUGUAGGGGAUUAUAUUAGGUUUAAGCCUAAUAUGCAACCUUUCUCUGAAGCAUUUUCUCUGUGUUCCUGGAUUCGGAAAUCGAGAUCUGGCAGUCAAGCACACUGGUUCUCGUACGCGACAAGAUCAAAUUACAAUGAGAUAGUCAUUACGGAUGAAGGAAGCAGUAACUACGUGUUCGACAGUUAUAGCACAAAUGUAAGAGCCCAGGCAGGUGUAACUGCAGGAGUCUGGUACCACUACUGUUUGUGUUGGAGUCUCAGUUCCCGCACAGCAACAAUUUACCACAAUGGUCGACAAACUGGGUCCUUUACAACCCCCUCAGGAAGAAGACUCACUGCAGGUGGAUAUCUUGUUUUGGGGCAAGACCAGGACACCUACGGCGGAUCAUUUGAUUCAAGUCAAUCGUUUGGUGGGGAACUUGAUAAAACAAAUAUCUUCUCCAAGAAACUAACCUCAUCUGAAGUAAGUGAACUGUACUCUGCAGGUCGCUGCUCUGAUGUGGAGAGCAAAUAUGAUGAUGUUCGCCAACUGAAGUGGGAACAAAUAUUGCAGCAACCAAGAACAGGCAACGUCAGAGCUGAAAUAGACACGUGUCGAGUUGAACAGUUAGAGGAACAACUCGAGGAUGCUCGCAAAGAACUGACCGAUACCAAGGCUAGCAAGGAGGAGAUUUCAGACCAGCUGAACCGUUCAGAAAUAAAUCUGAACAAUACGUCGUCCGAGCUAGAGCAAGUGAGAGCUUAUCUUGAGCAAACUACUGGCCAGCUUACUGAAACAGAGACACAGCUGAACCAAACGGAGACAAGGCUGGAUCAAACGGAGACAAGGCUGAAUCAAACAGAAACACAGCUGAACCAAACGGAGACACAACUGAACCAAACAGAGACACAGCUGGAUCAAACGGAGAAAAAGCUGGACCAAACGGAGACAAGACUGAACAAAACAGAAAAACACAUGGAGGAGGUUGAAGCUAACCUUGCAGUUACUGUUAGUCAGUUAAACCAGACAGAGAAGAACUUGGAGGAGACAAGAAAUGAUCUGAACGAAACUCUGGCUGAAGUGGAGGAGCUAGAGGAGGAGGUAAAAGAGAUAAAGAAGGGUCUCUCUGGGUUCAACUGUUUUAGAGUGACUAAUUCAACGCAUUGGGACAUCUUGUACACGGAAUCUUUCUUCGACGAAAUCCUGACGGAAGAUAUGCUCGCAAUCCUCGACGAAAGCUGGGAGAAACUCGAGUAUUUCAAAGGGACGCGAGUUACGGAGCGUCUCAUCGAAUUCUUCAAGAGAUAUUUUCCUUGAUGGUCCAAAAUGAUGAUUACGUUACCAAAAAAGUUGAACAAUGUUCGAAGAGCACUCUUUAAAACGUAUCGACUUGUUUUUUUUUGU